UCGAUUUCAAAUUUAGUUGAUUAUUAAAAUUGGCGAAAUUCAGUCGCAAAUUAGCACGUUAUCAUGAUUUUCUAAAAAUCAAAGCAAAAGCAAAAGCAAAAAACAUAACAACAAAUCGUUCGCUUUUUGGUUACUUUGAUAAAAAAAACAGCAACAAAAUAGAAAUUAUAUUGAUAUCCGAUAAAAGAAAAUAACAAAUAUAGUUUUACCAAUUGUGUGAAUAUAACAGCAAAAUCAUUUGAUAAAUAAAAAGUGUGAGCAAAAAAUAAAUAAUUCCAAAGUUUUGUGCAGUUUUUGAAUCAAUUGGUGAAAAGUUUAUUAUUUUUUUUUGUUUAACAAGUUUUAAAAAGAUUCUCGGUGUGUAUUCUUCUUCAUUGUAUCCGGUUUGCAGACGCGGAGCCUGUGCUAUAGUGCCGUUUAUUGUGACCUGUUCAAUUCAUUAGCGUGAAGUGAACUCGAGCAAUCGCAUCAAAUCGAUCGACUUCAGGCCGACCAAUAUUGUACUCUGUGAAUUUUUUUUAUUGAAUUAAUUUCUCGUCGUCUUUAAGUUAAUAAAAUUACAAAAAAUGUCACUCUACGAUAACAAAUUUAUGGAAUAUUACAACUACAUAUUCACUGAUUUGGCAGAUCCACGGACUAAUAAUUGGCCACUAAUUUCAUCACCUCUGCCCGGCAUCAGCAUCUUAGCCGCCUAUUUAUAUUUUGUACUAUCAUGGGGACCAAAAUACAUGGCCAAUCGAAAACCAUACAAAUUGGAACGAACCCUUAUUGUAUACAAUAUUAUUCAAGUCAUUGUUAGCACAUACAUUUUCUAUGAGGGCGCAUUCAAUGGAUGGUUUGCUCAUUACAAUUGGAAAUGUCAACCAGUUAAUACAUCUCCCGGACCGGACGGCAUGCGGGAAGCACGUGGAGUUUAUUUAUAUUUCUUGGCGAAAAUUUCCGAACUUUUGGACACUGUAUUCUUUGUGUUGCGUAAAAAAGAGCGGCAAAUCUCAUUUUUGCAUUUGUAUCAUCACACAGUAAUGCCAAUGAUCUCAUGGGGUGCUACAAAAUAUUAUCCAGGCGGACAUGGAACAUUCAUUGGAACAAUCAACUCAUUUGUACAUAUUAUUAUGUAUGCCUACUACUUGCUGUCAGCACUCGGACCACAAGUACAAAAAUACCUUUGGUGGAAGAAGCACAUUACAAACAUGCAAAUGAUUCAAUUCUGUAUGGCGUUCUUGCAUUCAUCACAACUGAUCUGGAAUGAUUGUGGCUACCCAAGAUGGUCUGUCUGCUUCACAAUGCCGAAUGCAAUCUUCUUCUAUUUCUUGUUCAACAAUUUCUACCAAAAAUCGUACACAGGAGACGAAUCGGUCAAAAGCGAAAAGACCAAACAAAAAGCUCUGAACGAUAACAACAACAACAACGACAGCAACAACAAUGAAAACAGCAAAAAUAAAGACUUGAAUAAAAAACAAAAUUAAGUAGUAACUAGUAGAUCGAACAACAAAUAAAGAGAAACAAGAACUUUGUUGUUGUUUUAAUUUAACAAAAAAAAGAAAGAAAAAAAACGAAUGAAAAAAAGACAAAUUAUUUAUAACGUGGACUGUUUUAACUUCACAUACAAAUAAGAUUCGAUUUGCGACAAAAUGUUCUUUUUGUAUUUGUCAGUACAAGAAGUAUAUUUUUUUCUUUUACUUAUAAGUAGGAUAGAUAUAUAUGUCUCUGAAAAUGGAUAUUCGCCGUAGGGAUAAUAUUCAAGUUCAUGCAAGCAUAGAUUGUAUUGGCAUAAUCAAGUAUAUUGGUGUAAUUGAUUAAGCAUAAGCAUAGAUGAAAUAGGCUACAAAUGAAGAAAAAAAAAUGAUGCAAUUUUAAAGAGAAAACAAAUUCCAUUGUAUUGAUUGUCAGUAGUAUUAAAUUCAUUUCAAAUGCUCAUGUAGUGUGGAAUCACCGAUGAUCGUCCUUUGACUGCUUAGUAUUCAUUACGUGCAAUUUCACACAGACACAAACACACACCAUUUUCAAUCACGAAGAAAAUACAAUAAGAGAAACUACUCUCAAUCAGAGUAUGUGUCGGUGAAUCUAUGAUAUAUGUGAAUAUAAAAAAAAUCCCUUUUUUA